CCCAUCUUUAUUCUUUCUCAGAGCCAUCGCCAUAGCAGCGAUGGCACGUUGGUCGCUUGGCGAGCCGACGAAGCCCCCGGCUCUCUUAAGUUAAUGUGAGUUAAUCCCACAUGCAAGUUGAACGAAGACCGUGAGCGCAAAUUGAUCCCUGCCGCGUGGCAGUGGUCAGUUGUUCUCGCGGGCGUUACUUCGUACUUAGGCCUCCCAUCAUCCCCCCCACGCCCUCGCAUCACGAAGGCCGUCUUCUGUGCCGGUAUGCCCCCAAGGCCCUCUUCGUUUCCAAGUUCCCAGCCCUUCAAGUUUUUCUCCUCGCCUACCCGGAUCUUUGCCAAAGACAAAAACAGGAGAACACCAUGCGGAAGGAGUCGCUCUUCGGCUCCGCCUGCUACGGCCUGGCCGUGGUCUUGUCCUGCGUGACGGGAGCGUGGUCGGCGCCGUACAACACGACCAGAGAUGUAUUUGCAAAGCCAUCCCUUCAGACCUUGACGGAGCGCGAUGUCGUGGUUGUUGAGCAAACGUGCCUUAAUGGGUGGCCGGAGAUCGUCCGGAGUUCCAUGGGCGAAGCGCUAGACAUUGUCAACUAUGUUGUUCCGCGCCUCGAAACCCUUACGGCGAUAAUAUCGGAGGAUCCAGUGCCAAGCAUGGCCUUGAUGAGCAAUGCCGACAGGACCCUCUUCAGAACCUUCGAAUCCUUCUUUGGCCAGAUCUACUUUGGCACGAACACUCAGGAUGCCAAAGACAAGAACGAGGAUGGCCUCGAGAGAGUGAUGACCGUUCUCGCGACUGCGCAGAACAUCCGAGACGCUCUGACUGACCCUGAUAGUGUGAACAUCAAUGUCUAUUGCGACGACGGGUGGUGGGCAAAUACGGACCCCGCUGGUUCUCCACGCCCAAGUAACAGGCACUGGUUCGACGGCCGCUACUGGACCCCAAACAAUCAAAUUGGGGCCUGGGUAAACAUUCCUAGAUGCCGAGACGACGCACGCACCCUAGCGUACAGCUAUCAUCCGCCUUUUGAUGUGCCCGAUGAUGCGGCGACCUUAGUGCUCUGCCGGCAGGGAAUGAUCCGCUGGUACGGGUCGUACCAGGGGGGAGACACGAUUGGGCAAUAUCACGGGCCAAAUGGCAUUCGACAACCCUCCAAUGCCGUCCAGCUUAACACUCUCUCGAACUACAUGCCACACACUAUUCUUCACGAGUUUACUCAUUUGGAACCCGUAAUGGGCAUUGGGCUCGACGAUGAGUGCCUCGAUAACGGGGCUGAAGUGUACGGGUGGCGGUGCAUCCGUCAACUUGCUCGGGAAAGUCCCGAGAAAAGCGUGAACAAUGCUGACUCCUUCGCGCUCUUCGCCAUGGCCAUCUACGCCGACAACAAUGACUGGUCGACUGGAGUUUCGCGAACUCUGGGAUUCUACCCGUGACACCUUGGGACCAUAGUGGGCACUGCUCGGUGGUCAAUGGUCAUUUUCUGCCUUGGCUAGAGAGGUAGGUAGCCGCGAAGAUACCUAACUGGAGCCUUGUAGAGGACAGACUCACAUGUUCUGGUCGGUCCAGUAUCAUGCUUCUCAGCUAGGAACAAUAGGGGUUUGCUAUAAGCGGGUGCCUUAUGUAGAUAGGUACUUGUACUGU